AACAAGGAAAGCGAGCGAGCUGGCGUUUUUCUCUGUUUUUGUAGUCAGAGCGCUCCUUCACAAAGUGUCUUCCAAAACACUAAACUGUGCCUCUCGUGUUUUCGCGUCGCUUCGAGAAGAGGUCACUGAGGGCUACAAGUUGAGGAAAACGUAACUCCCGCGUCAGAUGAGCUCGGUGUUGUUGUGCUGACUGUGCAUGCCUUCGCUUUCGGCUUCUUUGACAGCCUGACCCGCUGUUAGCCUCGCGGAUUAGCCACCUAGCUUGGCCACGCGUGACGCCAGCACGACUGUGGCGUGACUGGGCCUUUCAAUGUAAGAGCUCAUGCUCACCUCACGCGCUACGGCGCUUUUAGACUGAAGAAACGUAGCGGAAGUGUGCUGUGUCGGUGGCUGUGAAAGGACAACAAAUUUUCUCCCACCGGGCUGAGACGGAAGCUAAUCUUUUGUACACAAUCUAACUGAUUUCAAUAGCAGUUCGAUUUUAGGCUCUCUCGCCUUCAUUUUUUAGACGGCUGCUGAGAACGCGCGGGGAUUUCCCUUCCUUCUCUCUUCCUUCCUUUCAGCGGCUUGUUUAUUAGUAGGCGGGGAGUUGUUUGACACUUACUUUGACGCGUAAAAGGGCUAGGGAACGGGGUGGACAGAGUCGUGGAAUGUCCAAAGUGUCCAACUAAGCUGCUUGUCGGCGUCCCCAACCGUCUAGCGUCAACUCAUGCGAACCUGCUGCUUCAUCACCUCGCCGUCAAAAGGGAGCAAAGAGCGAUCGAACCGAGAGGCUGAGGAUUGACCGUCACAGCAGCAGCAGCAGCAGCAGCAGCAGCAGGAGCCAGACCAGCCAGCAGCAGAGGUGGACGUGGCUCUCGUGGCAUGACUACUCCAAACAAGGGAAACAAGGCCUUAAAGGUGAAGCGGGAGCCAGGAGAGAAUGGCACCAGCCUGACAGACGACGAGCUGGUGAGCAUGUCGGUGCGGGAGCUGAACCAGCACCUGCGGGGCCUGUCCAAGGAGGAGAUCCUGCAGCUGAAGCAGCGGCGGCGCACGCUGAAGAACCGUGGCUAUGCCGCCAGCUGCCGGGUGAAGCGCGUCACCCAGAAGGAGGAGCUGGAGAAGCAGAAGGCUCAGCUGCAGCAGGAAGUGGACAAGCUGGCCACAGAGAACGCCAGCAUGAAGGUGGAGCUGGACGCUCUGCGCUCAAAGUACGAGGCCCUGCAGAGCUUUGCCAGGACUGUGGCCCGCAACCCCGUCGCCUCGGCCCGCGGGCCCAUGGCCUCGGUCAUCGGGCCCCUCAUACCCGGUAAAGUGGCCGCAACCAGCGUCAUCACCAUCGUCAAAUCCAAAACAGAGACCAGGUCGUAGUAGCGGGAAGGCCCGUGCUAGUCAGUGCAUUGUAACGUUCCAGUGUCAGUCCUCACAUGUAAAGUGGCAAUAUUGCGUUACCCUUUGAUUGGAGCAGCUAUUGUUGAUUUUAGGGACAACAGAAUCACGACGUUUGUUUGUUUUAGGGAUUUUGGGACCCCCUUCCCCUCGCCGAUUGAGCAAUAUCCGCAAAAAGAAAGGGAAGACCACAAAUUGCAUUUGAAAUCUUGCAAUUGUUAUCAUGCACUGACUUACUACUGGCGACGAGGAAGCUACAGAUGUCUUUGUACAACAGCCCCCAAAUUCAUGUGUAUCAGGAAUACAAACGUGAAUUCACACUUUUCCAAAACCUAGCAUCCAUUUCUGCCCUGUGACAGCAUUUAACAAACUAGUCAUGACCGAUAUGACCGGUAGAUGCAAUAAUAAUACGUGUAUGCACUGAAAAUACAAAAAAAAAGGAUCAUUUGUUGCAGAUGGGAUGCAACCCUUGAAUGUUCUUACAGUUGCUCAUGGAGACACUAUGGUGGCGUUUAGUUUGAAAGAUGCAUUUUUUUAAGUAAUUACAUGUUGACAGGGCCGGGCAAAAAAAAAUAACAAAAAAAAAAAAUCAUCUUUCACAAGCUUUACUGUUUUAAUCGUUAAGGUGUGAAAAUCUUUGUCUGUUAACUUAUUGCUUUUUGUUACCGGGUAGAAUACCUUCUGUUGUUUAUAAAAAAUACAAGGGAGGGGAAAACGUAUAAGAAAAAAAAAAAAUCUGUGACUUUUUUUAUUUAUUUAUUUAUUUUGCAAUUGUACCGAAAGUGGCUUACUAUUGAAGUCUGAUAGCUUUUUCUAGUGACUCUAGGCGCGUACUGUGAGGUAGCGCGUGACGUGACGUGUUCAGUGACAAAGUUGGCAGUGUCGUUCACUGUAUAGAUGUCAAUGCUGUGCUAUUUUUAAAACAGUCUGUAGAAGCUAAACUUAGGUGGUGUAAACAAGGUCAACUGUCGUCGUGGCAUCUGUGAUAUCCUCCUCUUGCUUCUUCCGUGGUGUUAGUUACUAAAGCGACGUUGUCAUUCGGGGGUUCCGCUGAGCGAGGGAGGGGAAAACAUGCUGCAUUUUAGUCAAUAAUAGGAUUCCCCCCCACCCCUUCGGAAAUUUAAAGUGAUGCUGCCGUGUGCUGCUGUCUUAAUUAAAAAGCACGCACAGUAAUCCCUCAUUUAUCGCGGUUAAUUGGUUCCAGACUCAGCCGUGAUAACUGAAUUUCUGUGAAAUGGAAUAUGAAAAUGGUAUAUUUUCAUAGUUAAGGGAGUAGAAAACCCGUUUACCACUUUUAAAUAUGGUUUCCAAUGUUAUUAGAGCCCCAUAGACAUGAAAUAACAUCCCUAUAGUCACCAUUGCACUCAUAUUACCCAAGAUAGUCACAGAAUAAGAGAAAACAAGACGUAAUGUAGACACACACACAAGUUACUUGCUGUUGUGGUUCCUUUAUUACUUCUCAUCAGUGUAACAUUACUGACACCUAGUGACCAGUGUAGAAUACUACAUAACAUCAUAGUGUUUUGUGAAUGCCAAUUUUGGGCUUGAAAAUGCUUCAUUUAGGCCAAAGAUAUGUAAAAUUUGCUUACAUAUGCUUAUUUUUUGGCCAAUAAGGGGCCAUAUUUAAUCACAAAACAGCAUGAUUUAUUAAUUAAUGUAUUUUCCAAAAAUCCAAAGCGCAAAGUAGUGAGAGAUUCCUGUAUCUCCUUUUUUGUUUGUUUAUUUAUCUGGAAAGGGCAAAAAUAUUGAGUGCACUGCUCGGCUGCAAUCAGCAGAGGUGCUGUUGGCGCCAUGAGCGCAAUGACAGCACCUGCAAUGCCAUGCUGGCAUGGAAACAGGAGUUCAGAACAUUCACAGAGUGCCUCCCAUCCCAUUUUAAAAAUACAGUAAUCCCUCCCCCACUUUACGCUUUGAAUUUCGCGGCUUCACUCUGUCACAGUUUUUCAAAAAUAUAUGAAUAAAUCUUCACUGUUUCGUGGUUGAAUACGGCCUAUUUUUAGUCAACAAAUAUGCAUAUUUUAGCUUUUUUUUUUUUUACAUGUUUUUGGCUUACAUUAAGCAUUUUCAAGCAUAAAAAUGGCUAAAUGAAGUAGAAUACAAAUAUAAGGCAUUCAGAAGAUGCAUUCAAAGACGUAAUGAUGUGUAGUAUUCUACACUGGUCACUAGGUGGCAGUAAUGUUACACUGAUGAUCUAUACAGUACAUCUACGAAGUACUGUACAGAACGGGAAGUACAAAAAGAACCACACCAAGGAGCUCUCCCAAUGCUAACAUGUGUGAGUCUUCAUUAUGUCUUAUUUAUGUAUUACUUUUCUUGCUAUGUCUACUAUAUUGGGUAAUAUGACAGUAAAGGUGACUAUAGGAGUGUUAUUUCAUGUAUGGGGGCUCUGAUCAUAUUAAAAAACACAUUUAGAAGGUUUUCUAUGCUCUCACUAUGAAAAUAUUCCAUUUAGAAAUGAGAACUCCUUGGCAGAAAUUCCAAUUAACCAAUUAACCGAGAUAAACGACAAACGAUGAAGAAAUUUUCGACAAAUGGCCUUCCCUACUGAAGAUAUGUGCUUUUCAUUUUUUUAUUAUUUAAAAAUAAGGUUAGGGUUGCAGAAGAGGAACAACAUUUCCAGACGAUUUGUUAUAUUUCUGGAAUCAUUUGGGAAAAAAAUGACAUCUAACUUUGAGAAUUUAAUGGGAAUUAAGUGGAACUUGCUCUUAAAUGUCUAAAGAAAAAAAAUAGUGUUUAAGAAUAUUUUUUUCACCUGGCAAGUAAAAGAAUACAUGUUGAAUAAACAAACACCAUUCCCCGUCAUGAUGAAGGGUAACAGUGCAACCCUCUUCUAGACUCACCUGCAAAUUCCCACUUAAUUCCCAGUCACCCCAUGGAGUGUCCCAACUUUUUCACAUGACUGGAAAAAUGACACUUGUGGCGCCCCCUAUGGGUUGUGCUCAACAUGCUUCCGUGUACUAUACAAAUAAUUAGGUGCGAGGUAAGUCAGAUGUUUGCUCAAAUUUGACACACGUGUACUGAAUUUGGGGGUCAUCGGGCGAAACACCCUUUUGUAGAGCUGUGUGAGAAAUUUCAAGUCAAUACGAUUUACGGGGCUUAAUAACAGCGCCACCGUGUGGUGUAUGUGCCUGAAAAAUAACAGCACGGGCAACACAGUCAGGGUGCGCCCUUUUGUGUGCGGCCGUUCAGGAGUAGAAGAGUUAGCUUGCAUAGAAAAAUUGGGACAUCCCGUUAUUUCCCACUGAAACAUUUUGCAACCCUAUCCGGACGUUCAGUGUCGUGCAUUUUGAUUUGACAUGAGCGUAUGUAGCAGCUCGAUGCGACAGCGUGCUCUUCAGGGUGUAGUGGGGCGACGUGAUUGGCGGAGGGUUUGUGUGCACUACACUUGUUUUGCUCAGGACAAAACAGGUCACAAUAUAUGAAAAAAAAAAAAGGAACAGAAGAGAAGCAAAGAGGCAGCUCUUGUUAUGAAUUUCUUUUUGCUCGUCAUAAAAGGGCUCCAAUCCACAACGGAAGACGCGGCGUGACCACGUAGACUUACAAUCACUUCUGUGCCAAGUUUUGCAUCGCAUCCCCCCUCCCAAAACCAGUGAUACGCCUCAUCUCCUGCCGGUCCGAGCGUCUUAAAGACGGCUUUUUAACUGAACGAAAAAGAGCGGCAAAGAGAAGACUAAUAAAAGAAGGAUGUAUAUGGGACGUAGCCCAGUGUUAAUGUUGGUGUUGCUGUGGCAGUGUUGUGCAGUUCAUCUUUUUCUGUGUGUGUCUUUAAAGUGUCUUUCAACGGGGUUCAAAGUAGCACCCCAAUCUUCUAUACAGCCUGUCUUUAUCUCUCUAACUCACACAUCUAUUCACAUGUAUACACUAUAUAUAUAUAUUUAUAUAUAUAUAUAUAUAUAUAUAUCACACACUCGACCCAAAACAUGAGCUACACCUGCACAAUCUCAUGUGUACCUCGCAGCAUCGGGGCCACGUUGGAAAAAAACCUGAGCUUUUGAGAAUAAACUCGUAAAUUAGUCCGCACUUUUUGAGAUUUGGAGAACAAAGUGAUCCAUUUACGAGAAAAAGCGUGUAACUUUAUGUUCCAGGCCUUGCCUGAGACAGCUAUAAGAUGGGGGGGUUAUGUGACCGUUUGGAAGCGAGGCUUUUUUUCUCGUAAAUCGACAACUUUAUUCUCCUAAAUGUACGACAUUUUUUUCUCGUAAAUUAAAAAAAAAAUUUACGACUUGAGUUUUUUAAAUUUAUUCUGGAAAGCUCCAAUUUUUUUUUUCCUUUUUACAGAAGGAACUAAACCAGCUGGACUAUUUCUUUCUUUCUUUUCUGUCAACAUUAACAAAACAAAAUACCGCAUCAACAUUUUCAAUUAGCUUUGCACCCCAAUUGAAACACCCCGAAACAGAAACGUUGUAUGGAAAUAGUUGGUGUGUUUUUUCGCGUCAUCCUCCUCACCAAGAAGAAUGCAGUAAUCCCUCGCCACCUUGUGCUUCCAAUUCCACGGCUUCAGCCCUAUCACGGCUUUUCAAAAAUAUCUCUAUUCAUAAAUCAUGCUAUUUUCUGCUUGAAUACGGCCUCUUAUUAGUCCAAAAAUAUGCACUUUUAAUCAGAUUUUACACAUUUUUUGCCUAAAUACAGCAAGCAUUUUCAAGCAUCAAAAUGGCUAAAUGAUGUAAAAUGCAAAUAUAAGGCAUUCAGAAAGAUAUUGUGACGUGUAAUAUUCUACACUGGUCACUAGGUGUCAGUAAUGUCACAUUGAUGAGACAAUAGCUACCACAGGAAGUACUAUGCGGAACAGGAAGUCUCUCAACGUUAAUAUGUGUGAGUCUGUAUUAUGCCCUACAGUAUUUAUGUCUUAUUUUCUCUUAUUAGGUCUACUAUAUUGUGUGAUAUGAGUGUAAAGGUGACUAUAGGGGUGUUAUUUCAUGUCUAGAGGGCUCUGAUAAUGAUAAAAACCGUAAAUAGGUUUAUUAUGCUUAAAUUUGUAAAUAAGGAAUGCUACCUCGCAGAAAUUCACUUAUCACGGUCGGGUCUGGAACCAAAUAACCUCGAUAAACGAGGGAUUACUGUAUUUCUUUGAAUUGUUGGGAAUGGUGUGCCGUCUGCGGUACGUGACGUGUGGCGCCCCCUAUGGGUUGGGCUCAAAAUGCUUUGGAAGGCAGACGUUUUGUACUCACGAGCCAAACGCUCAAAGACUUACUGACAAAGAGUUGCGACAGUAAGCCCCAGACACUCUUUGCAUGAUGGCGGCCAUGUUUUCAACCAAGCGUGCUCAAAAGUGUGCCCAUCGGUCCCCUAAAGGUGCGUACCAAAGGUGGAGGUGACUCUGCAAAACAGCCUCAAGUUGCAGCGGGUGAUUUGUAAAUUGCAAGUUGGGGCUUAAUCACAGCGCCACCGUGUGGCGGAUUUGUCAGAGAAACAAUAGCACAUGUUUGGGUACAUUUUCUCCCUGAUUACAAAUAGAACAAAUAGAUUGUGCACGUGUACCUAAUAAUAUGCUUGGCGAUUGUGAGCAGGUGAAGAGUAUGUAGCUACAUGGGUGUUCAUGACCAUUGUGGGGGGUGGGAAAGAAAAGUGACCCUUAAUAUGCAACUCAGUGGAAAGGUGUGAAAGACACGUAAUCAAUAUCGUUGGAGUGACCACAGUGUGUCGUAAUCAUUGAUGUUUAUUUAUCUGCUUCAUCUCUUUCUACAUUUUGUUUACGUUGCCGUCGGGGUGGCUGUCCUUGAGUGAAACGACAACACUUGGAGUACACAAAGUUGUCUGACAACAAAGUCCUCGGGCUAAAAAAACAGAGAUUGUUGGCUAAAUGAUGACUGGAAAUGUAUUUUUGAUGUCUGGUGUUUUUUAGCUCAGGGACUUUGGCUUCUCGAUGUGAAGGAGCAUUAGAGCCACUUUGGGGGAGAAAACCACAUCCACGUACUAUUACGCUAUAUUUGACCACAAGACAAGAAAGAGUUGCCAAAAGUCAUAUUUUGUGACAAAAUACAUCAUUUUAUUUGAAAUAUGUGUCAUUAUUAGAAUAAAAACAUUUAGUUACACAUAACAGUAUGUGAAUAACGCUAGAAUGAAUCCUCUAAAUGAAUCUCCUGUAAUAAACACAAUUUUACAAGAAGAAAUAGAAAUAAAGUUGUAUUAUUAAGAAAAUGAAGGAUUAGUAUGAUGAAAGAAAACUCGUUUUAUGAGGGAAGGGAAGUUGCAAUUGAUUUUUUCAAAUAAUGACUGGAUGAUGCAAUGUCAGCAGACAUUGCGUGUGAAUGCUGAAAAGGUAUGAAAAUCAACAUUUAGAGUGAAUAUAGGAGCUGUUUGCUGUGGAAAUAUGCUCAAAUGUAGAAUGAAAGGAAGAGUGGUUUGGAAGCUCGGCUCAACACUGGAAUUGAACCAGCAACCUCUAAGGUUGGGAAACAAGCACUCUGCCAGCUGAGCGGUUUUUGUCCACCAACUCCUCCUUGCAUAUGCUGCUUCCCAUCAUGCUUUGCUGCACUGCUCUGUAAAUAGUGCUGAAUAUCACGUGUUUAAUGUUCUAUAAUUGUUUUUUUGUGUUGGUAGACACCCUGCGUGUACUUACUUAUCUGUCACUUAGAUGGUUGCACUCACAAACCAAUGUUCUCAAUAAAUCACAAUUUACUGUCACCUCAGUUCAGCCAUCGCCCCAAAUGAGUCGACAUGUGGCGACGGUUAGAGGACGGUGACUUCACAACGCACGUUCUUUUGGGGGGGGGUUUUAAACCAUGCAAAACUGCACCAAAAUAAAUCUACAAAACAGCGAGGCCGUGAAAGGUGAACCGCGAUGUAGCGAGGGACGACUGUAAAGUCAUAUCCUUACGAAACACAAAAUAGAAAAUUCUGCGAGGAAAAAUGUUGGAAAGUAAAUGGAAUCAUGACCUCGUUGGAAUUUGACGACAAAAAUUUAUUUUCCAAGACUGAGCACAGGUGUUGUUUUACUCAAAUGAAGUCAUACAUUUAAAAAAAGUUGUUACAAGAUAAAAAUACAUAUUCAGUGAAUACAGAAAAAUGUUGUAAUUAUUAUUACCAGUAAAAAAAAAACCCAAAAAACAAGAAAUUGUAAUAUUGCAAAAAAAGUAAAGAAAAAUUUGUCAUUCUCCCAGAAAAUGUCAGAACGGAACGUUUAGCAUUUUAGGGGAAUAAACAAAUACUCCGAGCAAAACAACCUGCGUUAAGAUGACUACUGACAACUUUUUUUUGCUCCAAAGAAGCCACUUUAUUCCCGCUUUUUUUUUUUUAAUCUUGAAAAAAUGUGACGUAAUUUGUGUACAUUUAGGACUUUUUUUUCCACAUUAUUGCACCCAUUUCUUCCUACUUUUCCAUGUGGCCCUAACACUCCUUCUAUGGAUAUGUCUUUGGAAUAAAGUCACUCCAGGGAUGAUUGCAAUUUCUUUUUUUGGCUGUUGGGUCUUUUGUGUGUGUGUGAGAGACAGAGGUUCCGUGCUGCUACAUUGCGUGGUUAAUGCAUCAUAUUUGGCAUCCUGUUGAUGUGCUCUGAAAACGGAUGCUUUCAUUUUCUACUGAGCUUUUCUUUGUUUGGGCAAUAAUUCCAAAAUAAGAGGAAAUAGAUGGCAGCACUUUUUGGCUUUUUUUUCUUAAAAUUUGUAAACAGUUGACUUGUCCACGAACAGGUGUGUGUGUUCAAAGGUAUCAAAUGCGAGUAAUACAAAGAUAAUAUUAAGAAUAAUGUUUUGUUUUUUUGUCUGUAUGGGUUGUGCUUUGUACUUUGUACGAGAAGGGACAAUAGUUCAUUGUAUUUAUAAAUUAAAUUAUUGUACUUUUUGCAAUCUGUAGAUAAGUCCUAUGUAUUGGUAUAUAUAUAUAUAUAUAUAUAUAUAUAUAUAUAUAUAUGUAUAUGUAUAUAUAUAUAUAUAUAUGUAUAUAUAUAUAUG